AUGGUUCAAAAGCAUAAACCAACCACCUUAGUUGACAUAAAUGUUAAUAAAAUCGGUUACAAUGAUGAAGACGAUUUAAAUCAAAACGACAACAGCGAAUGUGAAACUACAGAUAACGAAUCACCAUUAUCACAAGAGCAACCAUCAGCACAAUCCAAUAUCAGUAAUUUAAAUAUUACAUUAUUAUCAAUUUCAUCAUCAUCACUAUCAUCAACAACAACAACUCCAGAGGUUCAUAGUUCAGACGAAUCUAGCAAUAGUGGCAGUGACAAUGAAUCUACAGUAUCAACCCCAAACCAAGAUUAUACACCACUUUUAAAUUCCCAGUGCACAGACUCACUUAAAAUUUCAAACUCUAUUGAUUUAACAAAGUUUACAAUUUUAGCACUGGUUGGCAAAGGUGGAUUUGGUAAAGUUUUUCAAGUUCAAAAUAAUGAAAGUCAAAAGAUUUUUGCACUAAAGAUUAUUAAAAAGAAUCAUAUUAUUGCAAGAAAGAGUGUAUUUAAUACCAUCUCAGAAAAGGAUAUUUUAAAGAGAAUUUCCCAUCCAUUUAUUGUAAGCCUUCACUAUGCUUUCCAAAAUGAAAAGAAACUUUAUUUAGUAAUGGAUUUCGUUAACGGUGGCCAAUUGUUUGGUCAUCUCAAACGUGAGGGUAUUCUCACCGAAGAUCAAGUUAAAUACUAUUUGGCCGAAUUAAUUUUGGCAUUAGAGCAUCUCCAUAACAACAAUAUUAUUCACAGGGAUUUAAAACCAGAGAAUAUUUUAAUCGACUCUGAUGGUCAUUGUAUAUUAACUGAUUUUGGUUUAGCUAAAGAAGAUGUUAUCGAAGAAUCAUCAGGUUCAUUUUGUGGUACUUUAGAAUAUAUGGCACCAGAAAUGAUUCAAAGCAAAGCCUAUGGUAAAGCUGUAGAUUGGUGGUCCAUUGGUGUUCUCUGCUUUGAUAUGUUGGUCGGUACAACUCCAUUCGAACACAAGAACAGAGCAUUAAUGCAGGAUAAGAUCAUUAAUGAAAAGCCAAAAUAUCCAAAAUUCAUUUCAACAACUGCUCGUUCUUUCAUCAAUGGCCUCCUUCACAAAGAUCCAAAAAGAAGAUUAGGUUCAAAAGGUGCCACUGAAAUCAAACAACAUCCAUUCUUUAAAUCUGUCCAAUGGAGAAAAAUGGAAAGUAAAGAAAUUAAGCCACCAUUCAUUCCAACCACAAAUGGAAUUAACGACAUUAGCAAUUUUGAUCGUGAGGGUCUAAAAGGUGAACAUCAACAAAGAGACUCUUUCUCUUCAUCUCCAAUGUUAAGCAGUUCUCAACAGGCAUUCUUUAAAAAUUUUUCAUAUGUCAGAAGCCCAACCUUAAACAAUUUUAUUCCAUCAAACCAAUUAGUUGAAACUAAAAUUGCUCUAUAA